AUGACCAUCAAUCAGGCCCUGAUUACUGAAGAGCCCAUGUCUGCUACUGGGAGCCCCAAUCCUGAUCCCUAUACCCAACCUCCUAAAUGGCCUGUGGGUCCAUACUUUUACCCCUAUGGUCCUUACUACCCCCCAUCUGGUCCUCACCAUUACCCCUUCAUACCCAUCUACUACCCCUCACCUACCCCAGUGCCUAGCCCAGUGACGGCUAGUCCUCCCCAGACUCUGCCUUCAGGUCCUCAGGACCCUACAAUGCCCACGGUCUACCAACCCCACCACUACCCUCAGCCAGUCACCUGCUCUCCCUCUGCCCAUACCAUCUGUAGCUAUGACCCAUAUCCCGUGGAUGUGCCACACUACCAGCCACACCACCCAUAUCCUCUCUACCUGACGCCCAGCUCCCCUCUGACCACCCCAGCCCUUCCCUCCACAGGCACAGCUCUGCCUGGUGCUACUCAACCACCCCAGACCUCAACAACCACCCCUCACCCUCCUCCAGGACCAUAUCUUCCACUACUACUCUCACUCCUUGGAUGUCCCCCUCACCCCUACUCUCCCCCUCAGCCCUUGCUCUCCCCUCAGCCCUCCCUCCACUGUCUAGCAGGACAGAUGAUGGUGUCGCUGCCCUCUGCUCUCCUGGACUCCAUCCAGGUCAAAGAUCAAAUGAAUGGCUGGGUGUCUAUCUCCAGUGCCCCGGCGGCUUGUAGAUACAUCCUGCAGAUGAGUGAGGGUGGUGGAGUGAUCCUCCAUUCCCCUCUCCCUGCGUGCCACAGCCAGGCAAUGGCCCUCAACCCACACCAGCUCUCCAUCCCCCUGAAGUUUUGGGACACAGUCCUGGGGAAAUACAGAACUCUGGAGCUCCAUUGCCCGUCAACUGUGACCCCAUCACCCCACACCACUACCACCACCCUCCCACCGACGACCCACACCAGGCCUCCCACUCCCCCCAAGCCACACGUCUUCUGCUCUGCUCGCCACAUGAGACAUCAAAGGGAAUGCGAUGAGCCUGAAGGAUGCCCCAAAGCAUUGUGGGUAUGUGGCAAGCAAGGAAAGGAUGGCAUGAUCAACCUGAACCUCCCCUUCAACUCAUGUCACAUGACUGUCCAGGGUAAAGAGCACCGCAUGUCAGUGAUUUACUCCACGUUGAACGGACAAAAAGGAAAGGCCCAGUUGUCCUGUCCAGUUUCCAUACCAGUUUCUCAUCAAGAGUGUAACCUUCCCAGUGACCAGCGCCUCCCCUGCGGCCGCCGCCCUCUAUCCCAGGCAGAGUGUCUCUCUCUGGGCUGCUGCUACAGCACCAAGCCCUCUGCCUGCUACUACUCCAUGGAUGAAUGCACAUUGGACCGCCACUUUGUCUUUUCUGUACCCGCCUCCCUCACGGACCCUCCUCUGUCUCCCGCCUUGCUCACUGCCGCUGGCAACCCCACCUGCUCCCCUCAGAGGGUCACUCCAGACUACGCCCUGUUCAAGAUCCCACUGGGCGGCUGUGGGACCCACAGAUACGAAGUAGGCCAAACGGUAAUCUACAUGGUGGAGAUCAUCAACACGGUCCAGUCCGUCACCCUCAACUAUGGGACCAUCACCAGAGACUCUCCUAUCAGGCUGCUGGUUGAGUGCCAGUACACUCCUGGCUCUGUGGUGAGUGUUGGCUUCCUGGUCAAGACCCCCUCCCUGGGCCCCUCCAUUCAGGCCCAGGGCGUGUUGGGGUCCAGCUCAGGAUUGCCACAGACGUGCAGUACAGUAGCUUCUACCCCCAGUACCACCGGCCCCUGCAGAUGCUGCUGGGUAAACCCCUUACACCUCGAGGUGCGUCUGCUCAACCCCCCAGAUGACAAAGUGGUCCUGCUGAUGUCCUAA